AUGACUGCGACGAUCGUGGCCCCGUCCGUCGUCAAAGAUGCUCUUCGCGAUGCCAUCGCAUCCUUCCCCGAGGAAUUGCAAGCUUCCCUCAUGGAGAAGUUCACAGCGUACUAUACGAACCCAGAAACUCCGCACGUGGAACAAGUUCUCCGCAAACGCAUGUCGGACGGCCACGCCCAGCGCUUGCUGUUCAUGCCAACCAAAGAGCAAGCGGCGCUAUAUGUCUUGCUUGUUCAAGCACCGCCCCAAGGAGCCCCCGAGACGCACCCAUGCUUCAUAGUGUGUCAGCGUUACCUGGCAAUAUGGUACCUCUGCCAUGCGCGUCAUUGGACCCUCGCCCGAGAAUUCGUCCUUCAUGGAGGUUUAAAUUCCCUGGUGGACCUCUUCACGCAUGAAAACUUGCACUUUCGUGGCCAAGCGCUGGAUGUAUUUACGCAGAUGACCAGCAACCCCGACUUCGACUGGUUUCAAGCUCCGACGUGUUCGGAGACAAAAUCCAUGCACGCCAAGAUGCUCCUGCUUACCAACACAUCGGACUUUAUCCAGGCGCUUGUCAUAAACAAGGACUCCCCAGCCAUGUCGUUGUACGCGCUCCAGAUCCUGGCAUUUUACAUGAGCUGGGUGCGCAAACUGUACACCAAAGGCGAGUUGCGUCUCAGCGCUGCUCUCUUGGCCACACUCGCUGACUGGAAAGCAACGGCCGACUCGGACGAAGAGCGGCAGCUGGCCACCAAUGUCUUCGACGACUUCAAUCGAUGGCCGGCCGCGGACGCGCCAAGUACCCCCCCACUAGCAUUUCAUGGCGUGGAACUUCCAGAGGGGACGCUCAAUUUAAAGCAAGCCCGGGAUGCCCUCGUUGUGUCGGACUACGACCAAACCGUCGCACUGGCCACGACCUUCCUUCGAGACUCGCCCGAUGUCCCGUCCGUGGACCGGGUACAGGCCCUCGGUCUCCGCGGCCGCGCGCGGCUGUUGCGUCAUUUGGAUCGCGCCGAUUUGAAAAAGGCUGUGGACGACUUGAGCGCUGCAUUGGAGAUGCUGGAGCAAGUGGCAAUGCCGACGCACGAAGACAACCUCCUUCUCUCGCGCGUGGACAUGAUGCAAGACAAGGCCACCGUCUUGGCACAGCACUUGCAUCUGUUUCGACCGGCGCUAGCGGCGUUGUCACCGGACGAGGACGCAUGCUUGUCGGCUGCCGAUGAGGCCACGUUGGACACGGCCAGGGGCGCCAUACAUACGAUGUGGGCAGCUUACAACGCCUUGCACGGCCAGCAGCAGGCCAAGGAGCAAGCAAUCUUUGAAGCGAUUCGCCACCGACGGGGAGCUGUGACGGAAGACAAAAAAGUAACAACGAUCCAGCCCGUCAAGUCAACCGAUCACGACAACCAAGUGACUCAUAACCUUGCCUCCGCCGAAACGAAUGGCAGUCCGCCAUCGGCGAUUCCUCGUACGAACGCAGAGGACACAAGCAACCAAGCAACCAACCACGACCCCCAACAUCGUGAUCUGCUGGUUGUGACCCACCCAACACCCCCCCUCCCUGACUCUUCUGUCGCCGUAAAAACGAAAAACUCUGCGGCCAUCGCCGGCGGGACACGGACUUUGAAACCGUCGCUAAUCGCCCCCGUGGCUCGCAAACUGCUCAAGUACAAGCACAACCCCGAGAACAUGGCAUCGCUGCUACAGUCGCUGACUCCGCACGACAUUGCCGCCGCCGUCUCGACGAUCCUCAACCCCGACGUGUUGCGAGGGUUAUUGCAAGGGAUGCGCCGCCUGCCCCCGAAACACGCUCUCGAGGUGAUGCGAGCCGUGCACAUCCUGCCAGCGAUGCCGCUGGUGCUCGAAUUGGCCGACCCCGACGUUGUCACAGCCAUGUCGUCGAUGUUGUCGGUCGAUCCAUAA